AUGGACGGAAUCUGCCGCCGCUCUGCCGGACCGCAGAAGAUUGAGGUGGAAGCGGCGCACAGGGAUUUCGUGAUUACAAGCUCAGUCCGCCGCAAUCUUCACAAUAUUGCGCGGAUGCUUAGUGGUGGCAGAUUCCCGAUACUUCUCGAGGGCCCAACAUCCGCAGGCAAGACCUCUCUGGUCAAGUUCCUGGCACAUCUAACAGGCCACGAGUUUGUGCGUAUCAACAACCACGAGCACACGGACCUUCAGGAGUACAUUGGCCAGUACGUGUGUGACCCAGAGACUGGCCAGCUUGUGUUCCAGGAGGGUGUUUUGGUCAGAGCUGCGAGGGCGGGCCAUUGGGUGGUCCUCGAUGAACUGAACUUGGCACCGAGCGAGGUUCUGGAGGCCCUCAACCGCCUCCUGGACGAUAACCGCGAGUUAUACAUCCCUGACACCGGCAACACCGUCAAACCCCAUGAGGAGUUCAUGGUCUUCGCAACACAAAAUCCGGCCGGGGCGAAUUACGGUGGCCGGAAGCUCUUGUCCCGUGCUUUCCGCAACCGCUUCACUGAAGUCUUCGUAAGUGAGCUUCCGAUGGAAGAGCUAGCCGUCGUCCUGCACAAGCGCUGCCAGGUGCCCCCAUCAUAUGUGAAGGUGAUGCUGGCAGUCUACCAGGAUCUUCAGUCGCAUCGUAACCAGUCGGCAGUUUUCUUAGGAAAGCAAAGCUUCAUGACCGUGCGCGAUUUGCUACGAUGGGGCCAUAGAAAGCCCAACUCGUACCUGGAGUUAGCGACAGAGGGUUUCACACUGCUGGCAGAAAGGCUGCGGAAGGAGGACGAGCGAGAGGUCGUUCGCAAGUCAUUGGUGAAGCACUGCACGGGCGUCAAGGACUUGCAGCUCGACUACAGCAAGGAUGAAGUGGUCUGUGCAGCUCGGGAACGAGUGGCCCAGAAGCUGAAAGCUGGACAGACAGGCAAAGCACCCGGAGGAGUCGGCCAGGUUGUGUGGACGCCGGCGUUCUGCCGAAUGGUUGCUCUGAUUGGCCGAUGCAUACGCUCCGGAGAGCCCGCCCUCCUUGUUGGGGAAACGGGAGGUGGCAAGACGAUGGCAUGUCAGCUGCUGUCUUGGGCCUUGGUUGAGGAGGAUCUUCCGGAGCGUCAGCUGCGAACUUUGAAUUGUCACCAGCAGACAGAGACGUCCGACUUCAUCGGUUCCCUUCGACCAGUGCGUGGUCGAGACACCACUUUCAAGUCGAUUUGCACAGCAGCUGCUAAGCUGCAGGAGCUGCUGCAGGAGCUGGCGAAGGCGCAGCCUGACACCGAGUCUCCAGCAUUUACGAAGCUCCUUUCAGAGGCGCAACUUGCGGCGGCAGGAAAAGGCAACCCGAAGAACUUGGGUCAAGCGCUGCGUGCUGCCAUUGCAAGCAACGUCUUGGGCGCCGGCGACCAAACCGAGGCAAAGAGAAGACGGCUGGAUGCUGGGAUUGUCAAGGCAAACGACGUACCGCUGCCGUCUUUGGCGCUGCAUCUCGUGUCUCUCUGUGGGGACUACGACCGUAUCUUUGAGUGGGCAGAUGGAGCUUUGGUGGAAGCCAUGCGAUCGGGGGGUGCAUUUCUCGUCGACGAGAUCUCAUUGGCAGAAGACUCAGUUUUGGAGCGCUUGAACUCCGUCCUGGAGCCGGAGCAUUCGCUUCUGCUCGCAGAGAAGCCUUUGACUGGUGCCGACUUGGAGGUGGUUCAGGCGCUGCCAACUUUCAGGCUCUUUGCCACCAUGAACCCGGGUGGUGACUUUGGAAAGAGGGAGUUGUCACCAGCCCUUCGCAACAGAUUUACCGAAAUCUGGGUUGAGGCCAUUGAUUUCUCUACAAAGGAGGCGGAAGACUUGGUGGCGAGCCAGCUGUCCUGGCCACGACUUGCUCGACCCAUGCUGGAUUGUGUCAGCUGGUUCAACCAUCGCGUUCUGCAUCCUCUGAGUAUUCGCGAGGUCCUCGCCUGGGCUGCCUUUGUCAGAAGCACGGCUCCCGAGAAGGCUGAUAAAUCCUCGGAAGCCAGCGUUGAGCGCGCUGUCGAGAUGUACCUGCAUGGUGGCUGCAUGACUCUUGUCGACAGCUUGGGAUUGGGAAAUCAGCUUGUCGACAGCGAAUGCGUAGCCCUGUACCAGAAACAGACUGAAGAUUCUCAAGACGAGAAUUGCGGCGGAUUGUCAGUGGCACAGAGGGCUAUACUGUGGAACCUCCUACGCCAACUUGACAGGCCCGAAUUCUUCCAGGACCUCACGAGCAAGGGCCGUGAAAAGGUUCAAGCUGUGUUCGGCCAGGGCGGCUUUGCUUGGGUGCAGGGCCCAGCUGCUGGUGCUCUCCCAGGUUUUCAGCACCCUUUCGGACAAUGUGCAUACAUCAUGGCAUUCGAUGGCACAAGACUCAAGAGCAUUCAGUGGGGAUGA